CUCCACUGUCUCACAUUAACAAACUAUCGGUCAUCACUAAGAACCAAAAACGUAAACAAAGGUAAAUACUUGCAAAUAUUGACGGGAAAAUCAUUGAUGACCUAGCCAAGCGCUCCCACUCAACCAUGGAUGCCCUCGAGGUGCUGCAGGGCACCACCCAUUCUCUGUCGGCAAUAGCCCCCUCCUCGCGACUACGGCGGUUCCAUCUCCCCCACUGGGAAAGCUUACUCACACAUUGUGGGCUUUACAAAGGUUUAAUAAAUAUCCCUUUAAGACCGAAGCCUGGCCGCCGUCUUAAAUAUUUACGCGGUCAAAGCAGAGGAGUGGUUUUGCUGGAAAAGGGUACAGGCGCCGCGGAAACUAUGCUCUAUGAGUCAUGUAUUGGUAGAGCUCGCAUGGAAACGCGGCCCUCAAAGGAACAUGCGCGAAGCGCGUGUGUAUGGUCACCUAAUCUAAAGAAGCUCCAGGGGAAAAUAAGGGGCAGGCCAAAAAGGCAAACAACGAGGACAAAUAAGGCUCUCGAGUCUCAAUAUAUAUAAUCAAGGUACACGUGUAUUUAAAUUUUCCUAAAUUUCAGACACUGUUGGGCCGGGCCUGGAGGCGAUGAUAGCCCGGGCUGAUGACUUCCCGCCGGAGGCCAGCAGCGAUACAGGUCUCCAGGAAAGAAAACUGGCGCUCUCCGGUGAGUUAUGCAAGGGCAGUCGAAGGUUCGGCCGCCCGACAAAAUGGCGGUACCUCUCAACGCCGCGAUGCGACGGCUGGAAGUCCCCGAGAUGAGGUGGACGCGGUACACCGGAACGGACUCACCGGGAAAUGUUUGAUGUCAUCGGCGUCGACUGCGAAAGGCUUUUCUGGACGGUCGUUGGUACGGGUCGAACGGACACCGGUUGCUGGGCAGCCAAGUCGGGCUGGUAGGUAUGGAGAAGUCGCGCAGUAGAACUCCAAAUAAAUAUUCCGGGGCCCUUUGUAUUGGGACCCCGGCUGCUAUUUAAUUU